GCGAACGACAACCCUUUGCCGGAAGACGCAGCUCGACAGGAAGUUACAGAGUUUUGGGACAGAUCAUCUCCAGAUAUCUUUCUUCGUACCGUGGGAACCUGAUAGCCUGGACAAAAGAUCCGCAAUGAAGGCAAUCAACUACGUCUGCUGCGCCUUGGCAUUCGCGUGUAUCGUCAAAAUGACACACACCGAGAAGUCUCAAAGCAAGAUCCAACAACAAUUCUUUGACGCUUUUACGCCAGACGAGUCGCUCAAGAUGAAGAGACCGUUCUGCAAUGCUUUCACCGGAUGCGGGAAGAAGAGGAAUUACCAGGAAAACCCGUCCUCUCAAGAUUUCCAAGCGGCUGGCAGCGUUCGUCUGCCGCUUUCUAUCUACAACGCGUUGCUGAGAAUCGCAUCUCAGAACAUACGAAACACGAUUGAUCGUGACACGAACGAUUAUCAGUUAUCGGACGUCCCGCAGGUAUACUUGUCCGGCAAAAUCCCUCUGCACAAGAGGCUCGACGUUCCAUCGUCCUCGUUAGAGUAACUCGAACGCUUCGAUGCACCGACGAUGCGGAUCUCGUUAUGCCAUAACUGGGUGAACAGAAAGAAACACAUCGAUUACACGUUUCUUCUUUAUAUGUAUAUUACAGAAUUUAUUCCGACGUUAGAUACACAAUCGAUUUACGAUUAGACGUGUUCCUUUCGUGAA